AAUCCUCUGGGAUCUCGGUUUCAUCCCAUUGGUCGGGGAUGCUGCAACAGGGGGGGCGAGAACAAUAGCAUCAUUCCGGCAUAAAAAGAGUGGAGCUAUGCCUUGGAGACGAAAACAUUUGAGGAACAGAAGGAUCGAUAUACUGGGGAGAUAAAGACAAGUCCCGCAAGCCUCUAGUGUUUCCAUAUUUCUAACAAACCUGGAUACUCCACACUUCACCCGCCUCCCCGAAGUGCCUUUCCGCCGCCGCUCGCCAAGAUGCCCAAAGGAUUCCUCGUGAAAAGGAACAAGAAAUCGGUGCAUGUGUCUUACAGGACUCGACCAGACGAAGAUGACCCCCAGGAGCCCCCCGGCCCCGGCCCGCGCGCCUACCCGAGCCGGCCGGACCCCUCCCCGCCGAUGUCCGUGGCGUGCAGCCCCGGCCGCGCCUCGGCGGAGCCGGACUUCACCGCGGCGCGCAUGCCGGUGCCAGACGCGCCCGUGCCGAGGCUGCUGGAGAAGCCGGCGCAGUUCGGGGAUCCGGGCACGGCGUGCCAAGCCCUUUACAGCCCCACCCGACCCAUCAGCAAGGAGCACGACAGGGGAUAUUUUGAGCGAAGUUUCAAUCUGGGCUCGCCUAUUUCUGCAGAGUCAUUCCCCACGCCGGCCUCCCUCUCCGGCCUGGACCAGCUCCUGUACGCGCCGGUCGACCUGAAAAUCGGCACCAGCAACAGCAGCCGCAGCGGAACCACAUCAUCCAGCACCAGCAGCAAGAGCAGCAGCAUCAGCAGCAGCAUCAGCAGCAGCAUCAGCAGCAGCAUCAGCAGCAGCAUCAGCAGCAGCAUCAGCAGCAGUCUGCCCGGACCCAGCAGCAGGAUCGCGGCCAAACGACCCGCCAGCGAUGGAACGGAGCGCAAAUCAAAGUCCACCUCAAAGAAACCCAAAGCCAUCCGAAAACUCAACUUUGAAGACGAGGUCACGACUUCCCCGGUGCUGGGUCUGAAAAUCAAAGAGGGGCCGGUGGAGGCGAAGCCGAGGGCGCAGUCCUCCGGGGGGAACAAGCCUUUGGGGGAGUUUGUGUGCCAGCUGUGCAAGGAGGCGUACGCGGAUCCCUUCUCCCUGGCGCAGCACAAGUGCUCCCGCAUCGUGAGGGUCGAGUACCGGUGUCCCGAGUGCGAUAAGAUGUUCAGCUGUCCGGCCAACCUGGCCUCCCACCGCCGCUGGCACAAGCCGCGCACCGCGGGCGCGGGCGCGGGCGCGGGCGCAGGGCCGGCGGUGCCCCAGCCUGCAGGCAGCAAGGCGGACGCGGCCAAAGUCCUGCAGCCGCUGCACCACGGCGGCGGCAAUAAGUCCGUCUCCGACGAAGCCAAAGACAUGAGUGACAGGGAUAGUCCCAGUCCGGGACUCUCCGAAUCGGGGUCCGACGACGGCACGUACGACUGCCAGUUCUGCGGGAAGAGGUUCAAGCGCCAGGCAUACCUAAGAAAACACAUCAUGGGACACCAGACCCUGCAGAAGAAGGUGCUGGAGGAGCAUGGGUUUCACACCGGCGACCGUGCACCAGAGCCGGCCCCUGCUCCUGCUCCUGCACCGAUGCCAGUAUCAGCCCCAGCCCCAGCUCCAUCCUCAUCCUCCUCAUCCUCCUCCUCAUCAUCAUCCGAGGAAGCGUCAAACCAAAGCCCCCUGAACCUGAGCCCGGUGGACUGCCUGCUGUGCCCGGUGUGCGGGGAGAGUUUCACCAGCAGGGCCGCGCAGGAGAGACACCUGCGCCUCAUGCACUCCUCCCAGAUCUACCCGUGCAAGUACUGCCCCGCCACCCUGUACAGCUCCCCGGGGCUCACCCGGCACAUCAACAAGUGCCACCCCUCCGAGAACAGGCAGGUGAUCCUGCUGCAGAUGCCGGUGCGCCCCGCCUGCUAAACGCAAACAGAAAACUCGUGCCUUGAAUGGAGAAAGAGAAACAAGAAGAAGAAAAAGAAGAAAAAAAGUUGAAAAUGCUUUUGGGGCUGGAAGAAAAAAAAAGUUUGUGAUGCUCACUGCCAUGACUUCAGGCCAACAAGGAAAGGCAGGGCUGUUAAAUGUUUAAGUGGUGUCUUUUCCAUGCCAAUCAGUGAUUGUUGAAUGCUUGUCUCUAUAUUUGAAUUACACAUAGGCCUAUUUUGAGAUUUGACUUCUCAAACCAUUAGUUUACCAAUAAAAAAAAGCGUUAGUUUGACUGUUAAAUGGUAUUUUUCUAGGACAGCACAUGCUCAAUGAUAGCUUCUAGACCUAAGAAAUGUCUUAAAAUCCUCAGAAAUCCUCUCCCCCAUCAAAGCCUCUUGAAUUCACCGACCGUGCUCUGUCUGUAGCUUUACGGUUUUAGUUUGUGAAGGACAGAAACUUAUCAACUUUGUCUUGAUGGGGGAAAAAAAAGAAGUGAGACUGAGGAUUUCCCUGUUUAGUAGAACCACAAAUGCCUUUAGUAAACAGAUAAGCCUAGUAUGAAAUAGCCUACAUACACAUCCAAAUCCCGCUGUAUAACUGCCUUAAAAAUGUCAACAUAUUGUUUUAAUUUUGAAUGCUGGCACAUGUUUUAUCAUUAUUAUUAUUAUUAUUGUUAUUAUUAUUAUUAUUAUUAUUAUUAUUGAAGAUUGUUGCAAUAUUGUCAUAUUUAUUUAUUUAUUCUAAUUAUUUUAUGUAACUUAUUGUGUUUGUUGUGACUUUUUCCCCCCUGUGAAUCGCUCUGGCAGUUUACAUGUCGUAUAGCCAAAAUGUUUGUUUUUAUUUGUUUUAUUUGUUUUUAUUCUUUUGUCAGAUUUAUGAGUUGUGAUACGUGUCGUGGGUCGGGUUUUAAUCUUCAAUCUCUCACAGCUCUUGUAUAAAAAAAAGAAGAAAAAAACAUAAAGCUCUUAACUUAGAUGCAAUCUUUUUUAAGGACAAGUUAUUUUUCUUAAAUGUUCGCUUUUAUAGCGCUUUGAUUGUAUGUGUAUAUGGUUGUUGUCU